GCUCGCUCUCAGCUGCUGCUGCUGCUGCUGUGACUGAGCUCACUCCGCCGGGCUCUCUGCUUGUUGUUUGGUACUUUUGGUGAACUUUUCUUCCAGUGUUUCGCAACAGUGCUCUGCGAGGUUUUCGGGAAAAACUUCCUAAUGCAAAAAUGGACUAAAGCAACGACCCGACAACGUGCGGAUACUUAGGGGGAGAAAAAAAGGAGAGUAUUUCUGUAGAGAGCGACCUUUCUGAGGGUUGAGUUACCGUCAUGGAAGAGGACGACGGGCAUCAGGAGAACGGUAUCCCCGCAGCCAAGGACUCGGACCGACAGCAGCGGCUGAGGCUGUGUGUUUUAAAUGAAAUACUGAACACCGAGAGGGAUUAUGUUCGGACGUUGCUUUUCCUCCAGUCGGCAUUUCUGCACAGAAUCAGACAAACUCCAGACGACCAACAGUGUCUCUCACCUGAACAUGUCAAGAUUCUGUUUUCCAAUAUCGAGGACAUCCUUAAGCUGCACCAGGGGGUGUUGUCUGCAGUGGAAUACAGCCUGUUGCCUGAACCUCAGCCUCACCAUGCACUGGGGCAUGUGUUCCUUCAGUUUAGGGACAGUUUCUCAGUAUACGGCGAGUACUGCAGUAACCAUGAAAAGGCGUUGAGGCUUCUCAUGGAGCUGAACAAGAUCCCCGACAUAAGGACCUUCCUACUGCACUGUAUGUUGCUCGGAGGGAAGAAAAGCACAGAUAUUCCCCUGGAGGGCUACCUCCUGACUCCCAUUCAGAGGAUUUGCAAGUACCCCCUGCUGCUGAAGGAGCUGCUAAAGAGGACUCCCAAGAAGCAUGCAGAUUAUCCGGCGGUGGAGGAGGCUCUGCAGGCCAUGAAGGCCGUCUGCUCCAACAUCAAUGAGACUAAAAGGCAAAUGGAGAAACUGGAGGCCCUGGAACAGCUGCAGUCCCACAUUGAAGGCUGGGAGGGAACCAACUUGACAGAUAUCUGCACAGAGCUCCUGCUUCAUGGAAAUCUUCUGAAAAUUUCAGCAGGCAACAUCCAAGAACGUGUCUUCUUCCUGUUCGAUAACCUUUUGGUUUACUGCAAAAGGAAGUCCAGGGUUUCUGGAAAGAAGUCCACCAAGAGAACCAAGUCUAUCAACGGGCCUCUCUAUGUGUUCAGGGGCCGAAUUAACACAGAGGUGAUGGAGGUGGAAAAUGUGGAGGAUGGAACAGCGGACUAUCACAGCAACAACUACACAGUGACCAAUGGCUGGAAGAUCCACAACACAGCAAAAAACAAGUGGUUUGUCUGCAUGGCCAAAAACGCCGAGGACAAGCAGAAGUGGCUGGAUGCCAUCUUGAGGGAACGGGAGCAAAGAGAGAGUCUCAAACUGGGAAUGGAGCGGGAUGCCUAUGUGAUGAUUGCAGAAAAGGGCGAGAAGCUCUACCACAUGAUGAUGACCAAGAGUCGACACCUGAUUAAGGACAGGAGAAAGAAGCUCAGCAUUGUGCCCAAGUGCUUCAUGGGAAAUGAAUUCGUGUCAUGGCUCAUAGAGAGCGGAGAGAUCAGUAAACCUGAAGAAGGAGUCAACCUGGGACAAGCCUUACUUGAAAAUGGCAUCAUCCAUCAUGUGUCAGACAAACACCAGUUCAAGAAUGAGCAGGUGAUGUACCGUUUUCGUUAUGACGAUGGAACCUACAAGGCCCGCAGUGAGAUGGAGGACAUCAUGUCGAAGGGCGUCAGGCUUUACUGCCGGCUUCACAGCCUCCACACACCUAUCAUCAAGGACAGAGACCACCAUCUGAAAACCUUUAAAUCAGUAGUGCCUGCUAGCAAACUGGUGGACUGGCUACUCUCACAGGGAGACUGCUCGUCCCGAGAGGAUGCCGUGACGCUGGGAGUGGGGCUCUGUAACAGCGGCUUCAUGCACCAUGUUUUGGAGAAGAGUGAGUUUAAAGACGAGUCCCAGUUCUUCCGUUUCUACGCUGACGAGGAAACCGAGGGGACCGGCACCAAGAGCAAGCAGCUCCAGCGAAAUGACUUCAAACUCAUUGAAAACAUCUUAGUCAAAUCCCUUGUGAUUCACCCCGAGGAGGAAGGCUACGGCUUUGAGAUUGAGGAGAAGAACAAGGCCAUCGUUGUGAAAUCUGUCACCAGGGGCUCACACGCUGAGAUGGCUGGCCUGCAGGUGGGCAGGAAGAUCUACACCAUCAACGAGGACCUGCUUUUCCUCAGGCCUUUCUCGGAGGUUGAAACCAUGAUUAGCCAGUCCUUCUGCAUACGACGCUCCCUGCGGCUGCUGGUUGGCACCAAGGCCAAGGAGAUCGUAAAAAUCCCUGACAACCCAGACAGUCUCUCCUUCAGACUGAGUGGCUCUGUUCCUCCUCAUGUCCACGCUGUGAGGAAAGGCUGGGAGGCAGCAGCGUCUGGUCUUCAGCCGGGCCAGGUCGUCCUGAAAGUCAACGGCAACAGUGUCAAUCACAGCGACUACCAAGAGGUCCUGGAGCAUUUCACAGCCCAGCGCACUCACCAGGAACCUCUCCAAGCGUGUCACUGGGUGUAUCGAGCAUUCGAGGAUGUGGAAGAGCUACAAAGAGAGAGGGGUGCAGAUGAGGAGGAGGACAGCCCUUUCAAGCCUUACCCAGUGGAGAAUGGCUCUGACCACGAAGAGGACAAAAGCACCAAUGGAACAGACUGCAAGCUGGGCAGACUCUCCCUGUGUGAUCUGCCUCUGGUCAGUCUGACAGUUGAUAACGUCCACUUGGAGCAUGGCGUGGUGUAUGAAUAUGUGAGCACUGCAGGCAUCAAGAGCCACGUCCUGGAGAAGAUAGUAGAACCCAAAGGCUGCUUCAGCCUCACUGCGAAAAUCCUGGAGGCAUUUUCGGGCGAUGACAGCCGCUUCGUUCAUAACUGCAGCCAGCUCAUCUCCCCGAGCGACCGAGUCGUUACCAUGCCGCAGUACGAGUUCAGACAAAUCUGCGAGACCAAGAUGAAGAGUAUCAGGAGGCGUAUCAGCAGCUAUCAGCAGUUUGCUCUGGAACUGAGGAACAAGGUGUGGCCCUCUGUCAGGCAGGCUGGGGUUCGCCCUCACCCACUGGGCUGCAUGGACUUUGUUCCUACCAACUGCCACAUCAACUUGAUGCAGGUCUCCUACCCCAAAAGCACUACUUCUGCCGGCAGGACUUUCAGCAUCCGUUUUGGUCGUAAAAACUCCAUCUUUGGCCUGGACCCCGACCAAGCACAACUGAACCCCAUGUCCCACACUCAACAUUGCAUGACCAGCAUGGGAGCUCCGUCCUGGAGCUGCUCUGGUUUGGAUGGGGAUGAAGCGGAUGGCAGCGGGGAAGUGAAUGUCGAUGGAGGGGAGGGCUUGAAUGAUAGUCGCCACGGAGAAGGCGGUUUGAGUUUCCUGCUCAAACAGGAAGACACCGAGACACAGGACGCCUACAUUUACUUGUACAGUCGUUUGGACGUUGCUGUGAGGGAAAUGAAGCAGUAUGUUGCUCAAAUAGAUGUGCUGUUGUCAUCCAUCACCGAGCCUACACAGCUCCAAGGAGAGGGCGGCGAGCCUCCAAUCGACGAGGAAAAUCAGCCGCCCGCCCUGGUCCCCUGUGAGGAUGGAUGUGACCAGGACAAAGUGGAGCAGGGCGUCACUAAACGAGUCUGCUUCAAAGUGAACGAGGAGGACCAGGAGGACUCCGGCCACGACACAAUGAGCUACAGGGACUCCUACAGUGAAUGCAACAGCAACAGAGACUCCGUCCUGUCCUACACCAGUGUGCGAAGUAACAGCUCUUACCUGGGGAGUGACGAGAUGGGAUCAGGGGACGAGCUGCCGUGCGACAUGAGGAUUCCCUCUGACAAACAGGACAAGCUGCACGGCUGCCUCGAGCACCUUUUCAACCAGGUUGACUCAAUCAACAGUCUGCUCAAAGGACCCGUCAUGACCAAGGCCUGCGAGGAGACCAAGCACUUUUAUUCUGACCACAGCCAGCCAGAGUUUCGCCAAACCGAAGACUGGACUGUUCGCUGUCGUUACGUUAUCCAUAAGAACAUCCAGGAAGACCCUUGGAACCUGCCCACCUCUAUCAAAACCCUGGUGGAGAGCCUACAGAGAUUUGUGGAUGAUGGAAAGAACCAGAUCCUCCUGGCUCUGCUCAAGUGCACAGGUAGAGCAGCGUGUCACUGGUAGAAGAGAAAAUCGGUUU